AUGGGUCGCGCACAGAGAAAACGCGCUGAAGGGCAGGAUACGAAGAAACCCAAGCAAUUUUUGACCAGUGACGCUGCUCUUAAGCUGGCGGAAUCUAUUUCCGAGACUCAAGAAAGUGUCUCCCACAAGAAAGUGGAGCGCCACCAGCAGUUGGCUCAUAUUGUCGCAGAAAAGUCUAAAAACAAAGCCGCUAAAAGCCGCCAACCAAAUACCAAGCUGAAAGAAGCAAAAGCAGUUGCGAUUGCUGCCGCAGCCCGAGCGAAGAAAGAGAAGGCUAAUUCACGGAAACAAGCCAAAAUUGCGAUUACAUCGAAAGCACACAGAUCAGUUGAUGAAGCUGGCGACGGCAUGAAGCAUGUCAGCAAACCUGUUAAACAUGUCUCGUUUGCAUGA